CAAAAGACAAAUCUUGAACUGGCACUCAAAAGCAUUUGACAAGGCAACAUCGAUCAUGCAAUGCCAUUGAGACUAGAUGUUGUUCUGCGCGCUGAUCUGCUUCUAAUUUUCCAUGAAUUUGAUUAUUUCUGCUACUUCUGUCAGUGUGGGUCCUGUUCAUGCUAGGCAUUUCAUAUGCUUCCCCUAGUUUCAAAAAUUGUUUUCUUUCUUGCUUGCUUGAUUGAUCCAUUCAUCUCAGGCCAUAUCACAUCCCUGUCUCCCUCUUGUUUUAACUUACAGUAUUUUAUGAAGAAUUGUAUUUGUUGGGUUUGAUUGGUGGGAGUUUUAACUGAUGUAACUAAUUUGAACCGGGCCGGUUUACCUAAAGAAAAUCACCCUGAGUUCUCUCUGUCCUUAUUUGUGUGUCUUUCUUAACCACUUUCUUGCAUUUUCUUGCUUCUAUAGCUGUACUUUGUUAUCUAUUCUUGGUUGUGAAGGAAUGUCAGUGAACCUUUUGACACUUAAUUCUUCGCUCCAAAACCAAACUCAGUUCACCUAGAAAUGGCUUCCUUGAAUCAGUUGCUCGCUGAGGAAGGAUUUGAGCACAGAAGUUUCUUGAGAAAUAGAGCACAAGUGAAGCCCAGAGACAGAUUAAUUAGACCAGAAGAGUCUGUAAUAUUGCCUAUACAUGUUUGCCAUGAUCAGAAAAGACCCCAUUCUUCCAAGAAGAAGACCGAUAAGGCCUCCACUCGAAAAGGGUCGUCGAUAUUUUCAUCGAGGAGAGUGAGUUCGGAUACGGAGAGAUUGCAGUCUAAGUCAUUGUUGAGGGGAGAAGAUCCUGCAAUCGAUGAAAUAGCUAUUAGAGCAGUGGUAUCUAUACUCAGUGGUUAUAUAGGCAGGUACACAAAAGAUGUGAGUUUUAGGGAGAUGAUUAGAGAGAAGUGCAACUCUUGCUUGGUGGGAAGAAGCAUGGGUUCGGAUGAUGGGAUUUUUGGGAAUAUGGAGUCGGGAAUGGAAAGCAUUGAGAAGUUGGUUGAAGAGCAAGCAACAAGAAAGGAGGUGAAGGUGGAGUCAUUGAAAAACCCAAUCCAGCUUUUGAACAUUGUUGCUUCAUUGAAUUCUAAGAAAUCCGGGAAUGGUUCCACUUGUGGUGUUCCCAAUUCACAUCUCUCAGCUUGUGCUCAAUUGUACUUGUCUAUUGUUUACAAGCUAGAGAAGAAUGACAGGACAUCUGCCAGGCAUCUACUUCAUGUUUUUUGCGAUGCGCCAUUUUUAGCAAGAACUCACUUGCUUCCUGAUCUUUGGGAGCAUUUCCUUCUUCCCCAUCUUCUUCAUCUUAAAGUUUGGUACCAUGAGGAACUUGAAUUUCUCUCAGGCUCCCAGCAUGUUGAGAUGGAAAGAAAGGUGAAAACUUUGAGUAAGGUCUAUAAUGACCAGAUGGAUAUGGGAACAAUCCAGUUUGCUCUUUACUAUAAAGAGUGGCUCAAGGUUGGGGCUAAAGCUCCUUCUGUUCCAGCCAUCCCUUUGCCAUCUAGAUCAAGUUAUGCACCAUCAAUGAGGAGAUCAUCGGAUUCUUAUAACUCACGUUCCUCCAUCAACACAAACUUAUACCGAGCUGUGUUUGGCCCCACGCUAGAACGCCGAUCGAUGGACUUCGAUUCUCGAAAUAGAGCUUCAAUGGAUACAUGGAGCAUAGAGGAAGAAAAGGUGUGCAUAGAUGAAUACAAAGAUUCCAAUUAUGCUACUUAUAAGAAGACGAGGAAUCCUCGAAGGCCAUCGAGUCAAAAUUAUGGAAUUUCGAAAAAUGAUAUAUGGCAUGAGCCUCAGAAAUCAGACUAUUUUAGGCUCUUUUCCUGCCAAAGUGUGUUAUCAGAAUGCCUGGUUAAUGGAAACAUCAUAGUCAGGAGUAAUUCAAUCAGGAAUGAAGAGACAAUCCAUCUCCCUCCUAGUGAUCUAAGUAGAGCCAUAAGCACUAUUUGCUCCUCAGAUAGUCUAGCUGAGUGUGAAAUUGCAAUCCAUGUCACUGCCAAAGCCUGGUUGGACUCACCUGGCAGUAACGUAAUUGAAGGUGCUUUAUCAAAGGUACCUGUGAUUGAAGGGUUGCUUGAGGUCUUGUUUGCUUCCACUGAUGAUCAAGUUCUAGAGCUGGCAAUAUCUAUUCUCGCACAGCUUGUAACAAGAAAUGAAGCAAAUAGGCUAAUAGUACUAAACGCUGAUCCACAGCUCAAGAUCUUCAUGAAACUCUUAAAAAGUAGCAGUUUAUUUCUCAAAGCUGCUGUUCUGCUUUACCUAUCGAAGCCGAAGGCAAAACAGAUGGUUCCUAUCGAGUGGGUAGCACUAGUCCUUCGAGUUUUAGAGUUUGGAGGCCAGUUGCAGACCUUAUUCACAGUAAGGUGCAUGCCUCAAAAGGCAGCAAUGUACUUCUUAGACCAACUUCUAACAGGUUUUGAUGAAGAUAGGAACUUAGAGAAUGCUAGUCAAGUUGUUUCCCUGGGAGGAUUGAGCUUGUUGGCAAGGACCUUUGAAGUAGGGGACGUUAUCGAGAGAAAUCAUGCUGCUACGCUCAUGUUAUGUUGCAUUCGAGCUAAUGGGAGCUGUCGGAACUACUUAGCUGACAAUUUGAACAAGACUUCUCUCCUUGAGCUCAUUGUUCUUGGUAUCCAGAAGAAUUAUAAUGGGUGUGCAUUCAAUUUACUAGCGGAGCUACUGUGCCUGAGCAGAAGAACACGGAUCGUUAAAUUCUUAACGGGACUCAAUAAUGGAUGGGGUGGCUUGAACACCAUGCACAUCUUUUUAGUCUAUCUCCAGAGAUCUUCGCCUGAAGAACGCCCUCUGGUUGCGGCAGUUCUCUUACAGCUUGAGCUUCUGGUAAGUCCAUUUGGAGAUCUUUCGAAGUCCAGUUUGUAUAGGGAAGAAGCAGUUGAGGCAAUCACAGAAUCUUUAGAUUGCCCCAGCACAAAGGUUCAAGAACAAUCCUCAAAAGCUCUCUUGAUGUUGGGAGGCUGUUUUUCAUACAAUGGAGAGGCGACCGCAGAAGAUUGGCUUUUACAACAAGCAGGCUUCCAUGAGAGAUUACGAGGAUCAUUUCGACAAAAGGAAAUGUUUGAUGGGAACUUGAAUGAAGAGGAAGAUGCAAUGGAAGAUUGGCAAAGGAAAGUAGCAGUAGUCUUGCUCAACAGUGGCAGCAAGAGUUUUUUGGCUGCCCUUUCGAAUUCCAUUGCCAAUGGCAUCCCAAAUUUAGUGCAAUCAAGCCUCUUCACUGUUGCAUGGAUGAGCAGAAUCCUGCUUCCAGUAACAAAUGAAAAUUCAAUCUCAAAAUUUCAGCCGCAACUGCUAGAAUUACCACAUUAUGACAAAGCUCUAAUUGAAAGAGUGAGUCCAUAUUUUUCACCGCAGCAUCUCAUAAAAAGUUCAGAAUAUCUCUCCAUGCUUUCAACAUUGAAUAAAGAGUUGAUAGAUCCUCUUCGAAAUCCUUUGUGACUUGGAUAACUUAUCAGCCUAUCUUGUCAACCAACACAAGCAAUUACAGGAAUCAAGAAGUGCAAGCACAACGUUGAAGAUUUUCCUAUUGUGAGACGUCGCAAAUUGGGAGGUUAGAGCUUUUGUUCCUCAAGAGGAGUUUGUUACAUGUUCUUCUUCUCGCCUUGCCAAUUUUAUACACUUUCUUGGUUUCUGAAUGCAUGUAUACUGCAUAGGAAUAGUUCCAGUGUGAGGUCUCUCUUCACUUUCAUUGAUUUUGUAAAAAGCUAUAUCUCAAUAUUGAAGUAGAUUUCUCCAAUUCUCAGAAA